CGCGUGGCUUCAUGCACGGCGCGAAGCUUAGUCGAGGUCCCUGCCGCCCACUGUCGUCAUUCCUCUGCCCUUCACCCUUCUUGCCGACAACCACACUCCUCUCAAGCUCCGUGGGAGAAGCGUGUCACCAUCACUCCUUCUAACAUGUAAGGUGAUACAUCGCCGACCUCCGACCAUGCGACCUCUCCCCACGGCAGGCACUUCGCAAGUCCUGCUUCGGACAUUCACGCCACGAUCACGCCAGCAACACCAAGUCCGAUCAUUCUCGCGCACGUACAAGCACCGCCAACAGCAUCGUAAGUCCUCCUUCAGCUCGCGACUACGCGAUGCUUGGAACUCGACGCCCGUGGUGUGGAAGCCGAUCCCCAUUGGCCUCGGCGUCGUCUUCCUUGGUGCUUUUCAACUGUACAGAAUCAAUGAGCGCGAGCGAAGGAGGAUAGAAGAGUCGACAGAGGAUGACCCGGGAGACGUAGGCAAGCCCAAGCGUCGCGAACGGAUUCGCCCCUCAGGACCAUGGACGGUACAGAUCAUGAGCACCAUUCCGCUCAAGGCGCUGAGUCGGUGGUGGGGGUGGAUGAACAGUAUUGAUAUCCCAUACUAUCUGCGAGUGCCCGGCUUCAAGCUAUAUGGCUGGAUAUUUGGUGUCAACUUCGAUGAGAUAAGCGAGCCAGAUCUCCACAAAUACAGAAAUCUAUCAGAGUUCUUCUACCGGACACUGAAGCCUGGGGUGCGGCCAUUAGACCCACAUCCCAACGCGCUGCUGUCGCCCGCAGAUGGCAAAGUGGUGCAGUUUGGUCUUAUCGAGCAUGGCGAGGUGGAGCAAGUCAAGGGCGUCACAUACAGCGUAGAUGCUCUACUAGGACAACAGCCCGCUAGUGGAGCACAAACCAGCAGCAAUGUCGCGGGCUCAAAGGAUGCCCCUUCAACUUCGCCCAAUCGAGGGAAACAGGGUGAGGAAGAGGUCAUCCGAGAGGAUGAAGAGUUUGCGCGAGUCAAUGGCAUAUCAUACACGCUUCCCAACUUGCUUUCUGGCGCUGCUGCAGGGAAACAAGGCCGCAGCUGGUGGAAGAAACCACGCGUCAAGGAUGCAGCCAACGCGGAUCCUCAAGCCAGAGAGGGAGGAACAAGAGACGUUCCUCCGCCUGUAAGUCUCUCGGAUCAAUCAACCAAGUCAUCGACUUCUUCAGAGCGGGAAGUUGCCAAGGAACUCGCGACUGGACCCGCUGCUCCUCGGCCGUGGUACUAUCCCGAUAGACCGGAAACGCCAACGGCGCUGUACUACUGCGUUGUUUAUCUCGCGCCUGGCGACUACCAUCGCUUCCACUCGCCGGUUUCCUGGGUUGUGGAAAGUAGGCGUCACUUUGCUGGAGAACUCUACAGCGUCAGCCCAUACCUGGUCAGAUCCUUGCCAGGUCUCUUCACUUUGAACGAGCGCGUCGUCUUGCUUGGUCGAUGGAAGUAUGGCUUCUUCAGCUACACGCCUGUAGGCGCGACCAAUGUUGGCUCUAUUGUGAUCAACUUUGACAAAGAAUUGAGGACGAACAGCUUGCUCACUGACACUCUUGCCGACAAGGCUGCCGAGGAGGCUCAGGAGCGCGGCGAGCCAUAUUCCGGAUAUGCGGAAGCUACGUAUGAAAGUGCCAGCCCUGUACUAGGAGGACAUGCUCUUAGGAGAGGUGAAGAAAUGGGUGGCUUCCAGCUCGGAAGUACAAUUGUUAUGGUUUUCGAGGCACCUAAGGGGAGAAGACCGACACUGGACGAAGGAUUCAUGGGAACUGAAGUGAACAGAAAAGGUGGCUGGCAGUGGGGUAUCGAGAAAGGCAUGAAGGUCAAGAUGGGACAGCGACUUGGCUGGGUGGACGAAGAGCAAUAGUGAAGCCAUCCAACGCGGGAACACGACUCAAUACACUUGGCACCGCAAAAAUUCUCGCGGUUGCCCUCUAAACACUACAAGACUUUGCGCACUUCACCUCUUGUCUCAAUGUGGGCUGCAACGAAGUCCAUAUUCUGCAGACCCGUGCGAAUAAUCUUCACUGAAGCAACGUGAAAGUCGCAUGUGGAGACAUAUCUAAACUCAUGGCGCGAAUCUGCAAUCAAUGAGGGCACGGAAGCCAAUGCGUGUCAGUGAUUCCUUCUCCAACAUCCGAUGAAUGUUCCCCAUACCUGGCAACACGCACACUGUUUCGGCGUGGCAUAUGACUCGAUUGCGAUCAUGCGAUACGUGCCUACGCUCGCGGACAGGAUUGCCUCAAGACGAUCCUUCGGAUACCUACCGUCCAGACAUGCUGAUCACUUCCACGAAUGGGAAAUGCGUGGAGCCAUGGUACAAGCAAGACAACAAGGAUAUAUGUCGAUCGAAAUGUUUCGCCGCAACAUGUGCUUGGAGUGAUCUAGGACUGCCUAAUCCACUGUUGGCGACGACAGACGGAGGGAGCACUCCAAGAGGGGCUCAGCUCACAAUGCACAUCACAUCAAGAACUAUUAUCCCCCAAACGUCCUCAAAAUUCUCCAAUACCUCUUGGGUCCCUCGACCAAACUCAAGGUGCGAUUCGUGCUUGGCUGCGUCUUUGCGUUGCAAUCUCUGGCUCUUGCACUUUGCGCUCAGACAAGUGUAACGCCCACGGCUCUGUAAAUCUACAGCGAAGUCCAGAAGUGCGAUAAUAUAGUAUUGUACACACGUUUCUGCUGUUGCCAUAGGUAUUCAACUAGACAUUUCCUGCUUUUUGACAUUGCUGCCGUUCAACUAUUGCUGAUCUCUGCUUGAACAGGCAAAAGCACAGUCCUGCAGAACCAAUGAUAUGCUGGUUGUAAGAAGUUUUUGGCGACCAACGUCUUCCGCUGCAACGACCUCGCCCUGUCGAUAAGGCUUCGACAGCCAAUUUCCAUCAAUGACCAGAUGUAAGAACG